GCUCCUGCUGACGGCUCCCAGGCCCCUUCUGGACCCCUUGCAGGGGAGGAGCUUGGUGCUCUUCGUCUUGGGCCUUUGGGCAAUCUUGCUCGAGGAGAGGGAGUGGAGACACUCUUCGCCUGGGCUGGGCCUUCGGAACAGGCAUUACAUCGUCCUUCAGUGCGUUGCGGUGCCGGCGGGCUUCUACACGCAGAAUUUCGCCACCUUCGAGCGAGAUCGGCACGGGCGCCUAUCUUUGUGGAGCAGAUCUACCAUGGCCGCGGGAGCUUUGAAUCGCCCCUGCCUUUGGUUUAUCUGCUGGACGACGACGUGAAUCCUUCGAUGAGGGUGACGGCCUUCCUCUUGAAGCACCGGGCCGGUGGCUUCAUGGUCGCCCUGCCCAACACUCAUGCGGUGUCUGGCAUUGUGACGGGCUUGUCCGAGGACGGUGCGGAUCAGCCCUCUGGCUUUACCGAGGCCGAGGUCGCUUGCGAGACGCCUCGGCGACGACCCGUGGGCUCCGUCUCCGUGCUUCUGGUCGAUGUGCCUUGGUCGGGUCUCGAUCUGUUUCGCCGAGGCUCUUCCCUUCGCUCGAGCUCCCUGCAGCUGAUUUCGAUUCUCUCUGGUGGUGCUGUGGUCAGGCCAAUCCUGGCUGCCGCCCUUGCUGCCGCCGACGCUUGGAUCAACCAGGCCAUGGCCGAGCCGGAGCUUCAGGAAUCUAUGGGGGAAUAUGCGACGGCGGCCGAAGAAGCCGCCGAGGACGAGGUGGAUGGCGAGGGCGAGAACGAGGGCGAGGAACCGGAGCCCAACGAGGAGUUAGCUCGGCUUCGGGCCCAUAUUUUGGAACGGGCUGCUCAAAGCCAUCCUCCUCCCACCGGCGUGGGUCGCGCUUCGGGGGCUCACGGGCGCCGUGGUGCUCGACAUCUUUUCCCGGCCGGGGCUGGUACCGGGCUUUCUGGUGGGGACUUGGAGCACCUUCGCGCCGCAGCCGGG